AUGACGAGAAAGAGGGUCGGAACGAGCCUCGACUCGGCAGUGGUUGAUGUUUGGAAACGUGAAGUCGGUGCGUUAUCCACCCGAAACUUCGCCCACCGUUUUGCAGCUUCCAAGGAUCUUGUGCUUCGUCUUGAUAUCCUCCUGAAGCUUGAGAAGCACCAAGGCUGCGUGAACACAGUUAGCUUCAAUGCUGAUGGUGAUGUUCUUGUAUCAGGCUCUGACGACAAGAGGAUCAUUCUCUGGGAUUGGGAAACUGGUCAUGUUAAACUCUCUUUUCAUUCAGGUCACCACAAUAAUGUAUUACAAGCAAAGUUCAUGCCUUACAAUGAGGACCGAAGCAUUGUUACCUGCGCUGCUGAUGGGCAGGUGAGGCAUGCUCAGAUUCUUGAGCGAGGAGAAGUGGAGACUAAAUUGCUUGCAAAACAUCAAGGACGAACUCAGAAGUUGUCCAUUGAGCCUGGAAGCCCUCAUAUUUUUUAUACCUGUGGUGAAGAUGGAAUGGUUCAGCGUAUCGAUCUGAGAACUAGAACUGCUGUUGAACUUUUUACCUGUCACCCUAUCCAGAGACAGAGCUUUAUGCCCACCAUCUAUCUAAAUGCAAUUGCGAUAGAUCCAAGAAAUCCUAAUUUCUUUGCUGUUGGGGGAUCAGAUCAAUUUGCUCGGUUAUUUGACAUACGUAAAUGUAAAGUGGAGGGAUCUACUGAUUUUGGCCACCCUGUUGAUUUCUUUUGUCCCCCGCAUUUAGUUGAUGAUGAAGAUGUGGGAAUAACAGGGGUGGCAUUCUCUGAACAGAGUGAGCUUCUUGUGUCUUAUAGUGAAGAGUUCAUCUAUCUUUUCUCAAGGGAUAUGGGACUGGGGCCUGAUCCACCUUCUACAUCUCAAGUAUUUCAUGACAGUGAUGCUGGGAAUAUGAGCCCCGAUAAUCAUUCAGUUGCAUCUUUAUCCGACAUUGAUGCCAAUACGAAAGCAUCUCCUGAGGCAUACAAAGGGCAUAGAAACUGUGAGACUGUGAAAGGCGUGAGCUUCUUUGGGCCGAAUUCCGAGUAUAUUAUGAGCGGAUCAGAUUGUGGUCGAAUUUUCUUAUGGAAGAAGAAGGGUGGGGAACUCAUUCGUGUUAUGGAAGCAGAUAAGCAUGUGGUGAAUUGCAUCGAGUCCCAUCCUCAUCAUACGGUGCUUGCCAGCAGUGGGAUAGAGAGUGACAUAAAAAUAUGGAUUCCUAAAGCUAUUGAUAGAUUUGCUUUGCCUACAAACAUUCAAAAGGAUAGAGUUGAUAGAGUCCUGAGCUUCAUACCUCAUCAGUUUGGUUUCUUUCCUCCCUUGGGUGUCUAUGAUGACGAUGACAGUGAUGUUGACGAUGAUGAUUAUGUUACUGAUGAUGAAGACGAUGAAGUUGAGACUGAUAAGCAGGAAGAAGAGGACGAUGGGGAAGAACACAAUAAAGAUUUCGAUGAUGAGGAGGAAGAAGAUGCCAGUGAAUGCGAGGAGAUUGACCAUGAUAUGGACAGUGCUGAUUCGUAG